CUCAGCACGUGACCGGGAGCUGUGCGUCGCGCGCGCUCGUGCGCCACCGGGAAAGCAGCGCAGUCAGUCAUGGUGAGCGGUGCGGCGUUCAAAGAAUGGGUUGCAGCAGCCUCGCUGACUGUUGGUGCAGCGGCCAUUGGCUAUUUGGCCUACAAAACAUUAUAUUCAAAAGACAAAGGCUCUAAAUUGCUGGUUAACCUCGACAUCCAGAAAGAUAAUCCUAAAGUAGUACAUGCAUUUGAUAUUGAAGACCUAGGAGACAAAGCUGUAUAUUGUAGAUGCUGGCGAUCUAAACGGUUCCCGAUGUGUGAUGGCUCUCACACCAAACACAAUGACGAAACUGGAGAUAAUGUAGGCCCACUGAUUAUCAAGAAAAGAGAAGCAUAACACAAGAAUUGUUUCUAAAUUCUGAGAUUUAUUUGUGUUAAAGUCAAACAAUUGCAAAGGUGCCUGUGUAAUAUUGUGCUAAUUAAUUACUGUACAUCAAGUUGUGAUACAAAGUAAUAAGGAUAAAAAUUGUGUUGCCAAAUAAUAGGCUUCAAUAUUCUGAAAUCCCGACACUUGAUGAUUGUAUAAACGCUACCUUUGCAUUGAUAUACUGCUGUAUUAUGUUAAAUAUAUGUAGUUAUAUUUACAUUGUAUAAUUGUUUUUUCCUUUUAUGUAUAGUAAAAUGACAUUUGAAUAGUAAUACAACAAUAACAAACUACAUUUAUAUAACGCCUUUCACGUUGGGAAGACCUCGCAAAUAUCUCAAAAAUGAUCCUUUACAAAUGGAUCAUUAUUUUGAUAAAUUUGAGGAAAAUUGAAUAAAUGCUUGGGAGUUACAUAAUCCUUGUGAAGGUAAUGCAGAUCAUUUGAUAUAGUACCUAAAACAUUGAAACACACUCUUCAUAGGAAUCACUGUCUCAUGCAGUGAUUAUCUGACGGCAAAUAUUGUAACAGAUUUGCAGACAACAAAUGCCACACACAAACAUCAAGCGAAUGACAACAUUAUCUGGAGAUUUUUUAGCCAGAACACAGGGGAAAAUUUUCUUUUUAAAUAUUGUCAUGGGAUCUUUAACUUGCAUUUGAACAAGCCUGUGGGACCUCAGUUUAUGCUGUCAUCUCAAAAAGGCAGCAUCUCUUGGGGAGUCACCCUAAACUGUGAACUUGAGCCUGUCAUGUUUGAGACUGCUACCAUCUGAGCCAAACUGAUGUUUCAAGUUUAAAUUAUUAAGUAAGGUUUUGUGACAAUCAUAACUGGAAGCUGAUUACAAUUUUGGAAAUUUCCAAAUUAACAUUUAAAGGAAAUAUUACAGUGACAUCUGCUGGAAAUAAUCAGCACUGUAUUAAAAGAUAAAGAUCUACAUGAGAAUUCACUCUUCUUGAACUGAGUCUGGAGUGGUUUCUGCUCCAAAUUACUAUAAAAAUAUAAGCAAUGCCCCAUUGCUCCUGUAGCGAUAACUAGGAUUUAUAUUGGGCCAGUUGUUUGUACUACACUUGAGAUUCGUUGACCUAUUUCUUUAAAAACAGUGGGGUUUAAUAAUAUUUAAUAACAAUCAAUUAAAUUCCUUCAUUGAUUGAA